AUGUUGUGGCCCAAGACGACACUGUUGAAGGCUGCUGUUCUCGGCACGUUGGCGUCCAAUGCUUUGGGGAUGAAGUUGAUCUUCAACGCCGGAGAUCACGGCCAGCAAACCUUGGAGAUACACGAAAACGAAAAACUCGUCCCAUUCAACGUCCAAGUGCCCUCAAACAGCAAUUUGAAAGUCACGGAAACGAAAGAUUUCGAACUCUAUCUAUUCAAAGAUGAAAAGGACGCAGAAGGGUUCUGCGCUGACGAGAAGUGGCGGGGAGGGCUCGUCAAGGCCCUACGAUUUAUGGAUCGAUCACAUUUCAAGGCCCUGGUACAAUUGGGAGUUCUACCCCCAAGAUAUGUUGUCAUGUCCCCGAAAGGGAGGGUGCCUAAUGCUCUGGGGGUGGAGCUGUACUUUGACGACACCGGGACAUUCGAAGCAGAGCAAAUCCUCUACCCAUACGACCUCAGAAUAAAUAAGCCUUAUUUCAGAUAUUACGGAGGCAAUGACAUGAAGCACUUGGACGUCAAGGGAAUGGAAAAAUUGGAACUGUAUUUCUUCAAGAGUGCAGAGCACGCGUUAUGGUUCUGUAAUGACGGGACAUUGGUGGACCGACAAUUCAGAACAUGGAUGUAUAAGGACGGGGAGCGGGAGAAGGUGUUCGACGACAUGAGAGAUUGGCAUAUUGCUGUCUUGUCGCGGAAAGGCUGGCGAGAGAAUACAAAUUCCCAUGACGAGACGGGUUGGGAUUCGGAUCCUACCUUGGUGUCCCGGAAAGACAGGCGAGAUGAUCACUCCGGUGUGUCGGUGCGUCAUGCUUUGGCGAUGAAGUUGCAAUUCGACGACAAGCACCCCCUCGAGAUACAUAAAGCAUUCGAACCAUUCAGCAUCGAAAGAUUCAAAUCCAGCAAGACGUUGACAGGCGCGGAAGAGUUCUGUAAACCUAACCCGAAAUGGGUAUUUUACGGCACAUGGGUCGGUUUGGGCGAUAAGACGGACGUGGCGGACUACGAGGAUUACAACCAGAACCACCGGUGUGCAUAUGUUAUCAAGGCCACGAACGGGUCGCCCGAUAAACGCUCGGAUGUGUUGGUGUCUAGGGGAAUGGGGGUGGCGUUGUACUUCGAGGGCAAACCGACAAUCAACAUCGACCUUCCCCUCGCCCCAGUCAACAUUAAAGCAUUCGGAGCCAGCAAGACGUUGGAAAUCGUGGGAAUGGGAGAUUCCGAUCUGUAUUUCUUCAAGAGAGAGAAGGACGCGGAAGACUUUUUAGACUUCGACCGCAAAUGGGGAGUCACUAUCGACAAGGACUUCGUCCCAGUCGACAUCAAAGAGUUCGGAGAGAGUAAGACGUGGUCAAUCAUGGGAAUGUGGGUAGGGGAAUACGAUCUCUAUUUCUUUAAAGGAAAGGAGGCCGCGCAAAAGUUCCGCAAAUACAGGAACUGGGACGGUGAAGCCAGAAAAUGGGCGCCGGCGCAUAAUGAUGACGGCACGACGGAAAAGGUGUUCCCCGACAUGAAAGGUUGGACACAUGUCGCAUUGGCCCCGGAAGAAUGGGGGUUUUGA